AAAGGGGUAACCAUUCGACGCUACAAUAUCAUGGUCCGUUCGCUGUUGCAAAUUUGGAAAACCGACAUCAGGCAAGGGUACACGAUUCUUCAAAUGUUGCCGACACAUCACGCGACCGGUCUCGUGCUGAACACCAUCCCGACUAUUCUUGGUGAGGCUGCGUCGAGUUCACACCGCCAAAUUUUGACCCCGAGGCAGUCUGUGAAUGUAUCCGCCUGGGUAGCAUCAAGUCCAUCGUCGGUUCCUCCAUAUACGUCCGCCUGCAACAGUACUGGGACCACUUCCUACAACGCCUGGAAUUGGCACAGAAAAAGAGCUACAGG